AUGGCCGCCGUCGUCGCCGCCGCCGCCACGCAAACGAAAGGAGCGAGAAGAGAAGAGAAACUAAGCGCGCCGUUGGAUUUCUUGACCUAUUCCAUCCGCUAUUUUCCCCAUUUUCCGAGAGAAGACGACUACUCUCAGGCACAUUCGCAGCACGACAACUACUCGCUCUCCGAUGUAAGCACCGCCCACAAAAACGGCUAUAAUCAUGUGACAUCGAAUGAGGCUCUCUUCUCAUCAAUGUGAGCAAACAAACGGCGAAUAAUACACCCCGAAAAAGUGAGAGACUGUUACUUGGUUUCGUAGUGAUUGGGGUGAGUAGCAAGGAAACCCUUUUCCAUACUCAAUUAUUAUGCUUAUUCACGUGUCUGACGAUUCCAAUGAAUGUGAAAAGAAAAAAUAUCCCUAGGAAAUCGCAUCGUAUGAUCCCCAUGCUAUUUAUUGACUCUCUUGCCGUCCAAAUUGUCGCUUUUGAAUGUAAAAAGAGAAGGAAAUGUGAAGAGACAAGCUAUCCGUAGAAACUAUCAAUUUGUUUCGUAUUGUCUGAGAACUAUACUGAUCACUGAUAACAGCCCGAUAGGAAGAAAUUGUGAAAAGAAAAGAAAGAAACGUAUUGAUGCCGAGUGAAUUAGUUUGUCUGGAAAGUGGCAAAACACAACAAGAUAUGAGAAACUAGCCAUCCAGUGAAUGAGCAAAUGCGGGGGGAAGUGGGAGGCUGAAUACGAAAUUCAGAAAAAAACGAAAAGAAAAACAAGAACAAGACGACGUUUACAGAAUGGAACCAGGCGAAAGCACUCGUCCUAUUAAACUUCGAUCAAAAAGCUGCUUUCGAGGAUUUACGACUUUCUCUAUUAUUUCCUCCCAUUUCAAAUGGGAUUGAAGUCCAUUCUUCGGAGAAAAAUAUCUUCCCACAAGUUUUUGUUUCCAAAAAAAACGAAGACUCACCAAUGAGACACAGAGAAAACGCUUUCGGACCCGGGAACAAUUUAUUUUUCUUUGUGCGGUUUUGUGAAUAUUUGCGGCGAGGUUUUGUGUCAGAAGUGAACUAGCGGAUGGCGGAGAGUGCUGAUCGAUAAGUGGUAAUAGUAACGACAAGUACUGUGUAUAAUAAGCAUUCGACUGGACACAGAGACCUCUGUUUGUGCACACAGCGAGCGAUAGUUCACGAGUCGGCCGAGUUUGUUGCGGUUUGAUAACAUAUUCGCCUUCUCUCGGCUUUUUGGACAAAUAGCGACGGCUUGUGACAAAGUACUUUUCGCUUACUCAGACUGCGGAACGGGGUGUGCCAAAAGGGGCCAAUUAAAAACAAAAGGAGAAAUUGUUUUCUGGCAAAUUUUGUUUUCGGUUUGGCGGCCGAAUUUGAACUGACUUGCCGUAUUUCACGCACAAUGCGCGUAAAAUAUAGUGUUUGCACACCCAAGCCAUUUUCGAAAAAAAAAUCCGCCCCGUUUUCUGCUCAGUUGCUCGAAAAUUAGUGUCUGAUUUGGAAUAGUUCAAUUUUUGAAUUAUCAAUCAAUGUUUUAGCACUGUUUGUUGUUUUUUAUUCGACGCAUUCACCGAAUAAUCGAUCCCUUUUGAUCUGCUGCUAUGCACUUCUAAGUACUGUGGAAUAUUCCGAUCACUUACAUCAAUUUCCUUCUUUUCUAUUCUUUUGAUCGUCCUUCAAGCAAUUCCAUCGAUAUUUUGUUCCUCAUUUUUCUCUCAGACCUUCUGAUUUCAGGCCAUAAUGUCAUUGGCCACAAAAUUGCGCAGAGUGCGAAAAUCGCCACCAGAGGGAUGGGAUUUGAUUGAGCCAACAUUGGAACAGUUCGAAGUAAGUUUUUCUCAAAUCUAUCUCAGCGAAAUUAUAAUGUUCAGGCAAAGAUGCGAGAGGCUGAAACUGACCCGCACGAGGGAAAGAGAAAGACAGAAAUCAAUUGGCCAAUAUUCAGGUGAAUAAGAAAAUAGCUAAUAUUAUUUUCAAAAAACUGUUCAGAAUCCACCACCAACGGUCUCGCUACAUCUACGACAUGUACUACAAGAAGGCGGAAAUCAGUCGUGAGCUGUACGAAUUCUGCCUGACUGCCAAGUUUGCCGACGCGGCACUCAUUGCCAAAUGGAAAAAGCAGGGCUAUGAAAAUUUGUGCUGUGUAAAGUAGGCAAAGUCGCGAUGAAUGGAAGUUUAAAAAAAUUUCAGGUGUGUUCAAACUCGUGACAGCAAUUUCGGUACCGCCUGCAUCUGCAGAGUUCCGAAGAGCAAACUCGACGCGGAGCGUGUCAUCGAAUGCGUUCAUUGCGGAUGCCACGGAUGCUCCGGAUGA